AUGAGGCGCGACCCGGCGCCCGGCUUCUCCAUGCUGCUCUUCGGCGUCUCCCUCGCCUGCUACUCGCCCAGCCUCAAGUCGGUGCAGGACCAGGCGUACACGGCCGCUGUGGUGCUGGAGGGCAAGGUGCAGUCCGUGGCCCCCCCCGCCGGCGGCGGCAAUGACAGCCGCGGCCCCGCCGGCCCCGCCGGGGGGGUCCUGGUCAAGGUGCUCGACUUGUGGCCCCUCAACAGCGGCGGGCUGCAGCGGGAGCAGCUCAUCAGCGUGGGCUCCAAGGCGCCCUGCUUCAAAGUGAAGCGCAACCACCGCUACAUCUUCUUCCUGGAGCCCACCGAGGAGCCGCUCGUCUUCCGCACUGCCUUCGCCCCGCUCGACACCAGCGGCAAGAACCUCAAGCGGGACGUGGCGCGGAUCCUCUGCGCGGACUGCGCUGUCCCUCCCAAACUGAAGAAACUGAAGAGCCCAAAUGUUCACGUUGGUGAAAAGAUUUCACUGAAAUGUGAGGCAACUGCUGGCAACCCUCAGCCCUCCUACAAAUGGUUUAAAGAUGGCAAGGAGCUGAAGAAGAGUAAAGACAUCCGGAUCAAAUAUGGGAAUGGAAAAAAGAUUUCCAGACUGCAGUUCAACAAGGUGAAGCUGGAAGAUGCUGGGGAGUACAGCUGCGAAGCAGAGAACGUUUUAGGGAAAGACACCGCAAAAGGCAGCCUGAAUGUGAAAAGUGGAACAACGAAAGCACCACAAGUCUUACCAGCCUCAGAAACUAAAAUAGUUGUUAUGGAAGAAGAGUUAACUACGACUCUCUCCUCCUGGUCUGGGCAUGCUAGAAAAUGCAACGAAACAGCCAAGUCCUAUUGUGUCAAUGGUGGGGUAUGCUACUACAUCGAAGGGAUUAAUCAGCUGUCUUGCAAGUGUCCGAUCGAAUUCACAGGAGACCGGUGUCAGCAUUUCGCAAUGGUCAGCUUCUCCAAGCAUCUUGGAUUUGAAUUAAAGGAAGCUGAAGAGCUUUACCAGAAGAGAGUUUUAACCAUCACUGGCAUCUGUGUUGCCUUGCUUGUUGUGGGCAUCGUCUGUGUGGUAGCUUACUGUAAAACCAAGAAACAACGAAAACAAAUGCAUAAUCAUUUACGACAGAACAUGUGCCCUGCCCAUCAGAACCGAAGCCUUGCAAAUGGGCCAAGCCAUCCACGUUUGGAUCCUGAGGAAAUCCAAAUGGCUGAUUACAUUUCUAAGAAUGUUCCUGCCACUGAACAUGUGAUCCGAAGGGAAACGGAGACAACCUUUUCGGGAAGUCAUUCCUGCUCCCCAUCUCAUCACUGCUCCACAGCCACUCCAACUUCCAGCCAGAGACACGAAAGCCACACGUGGAGCUUGGAGCGGACAGAGAGCCUGACUUCAGAUUCUCAGUCGGGGAUAAUGCUGUCCUCAGUGGGAACCAGUAAAUGCAACAGCCCUGCAUGUGUGGAAGCUCGGGCCCGCCGUGGGGCCGCAUACUGCAUUGAAGACUCAAGGAGGCCCAUGAUGCAGUAUCGGGAUUCUGUGGAUUCCCUGCGGGACUCACCACACAGUGAGAGGUACGUGUCGGCCUUGACCACACCAGCACGCCUUUCGCCCGUUGACUUCCAGUACUCUAUUGCUGCACAGGUGCCCACUUUUGAGAUCACCUCCCCCAACUCUGCGCAUGCCGUGUCCCUGCCUCCGGCAGCUCCCAUCAGCUUCCGUGUGGAAGAACAACAGCCCCUCCUGCGACGGUACCAGGUCCCCUUCCAGGACAUGCAGAGAUAUGACAGCUAUUACCAAAGGAAGACCUACCUAAAUGACAGCAUGGGGAGCCUGCCCUCCAGCCCCUUCCGCAUCACGGAGGAUGAUGAGUAUGAGACAACGCAAGAGUACGUCACAGCAUUAGAGCAGCCAAAGAAAACAGCCAGCAGCAACAGGCGAUGGAAAAAAUCCAAACUGAAUGGGCACAUCUCUCACAGAGCCAGAGCGGUCCGGGACUCGUUCUCCUUGAGCAGCGCCUCUUAUAGUGAGUCUGACGAGGAGCUCGUGGCUGAGAGCACCCCAUUCCUAAGCAUUCAGAACAAUGACGCAAUGAACACAGAUUCGCCCCCACUCUAUCGGCUGGGUGACAGCCGGACUUACUAUUCCUACAGCAGACACAGCACUCACGGGGAAAGUGGGCAGAGCGGCUUGACACACACGACACCCAAACAAGACCCGGAUCCUCUCUAG